GCCUUUCUGGCAACCCAUUGAAGCCUGCGCCCUGUAGUCCUUCGGUGGUGGAAAGAAAAUGUAACAACAAAAGGAUAAUAAAUAACAGGCUAAACUGGAAUGGGCCACAACACAACAAUUGACGCUCAGAUCCUUUUGCGGCAUCGAUUUUAAACGGGAACAAGAUACAUCCACAGAUACAUCCAUUGAUAGAGGAGAUACAUCCACAGGAUACAAUCACACUGCUAGGCUCACACCCACGGGGAUUUAUUGAAAGAACGAGUCCAGCUCGUUUGCGGAUCCUGUUUUGAUGUCCUCGAGUAGACGCUUCUACUUCACGUCGGAGCUGGAGGACAAUGAGGGGGCAAUGGAAAACAACAACAAUGAAAGGGAGGUGGAAGCUGACAAGGAUCCCGACAACGAUCCAGAGGAUGCGGAAUUCCUUCAGGAAGUGCCAUACUCGUCGAGUAGCGUUGACCGCAGCUCGGUGGGCUCGAUUCCAUGGGCGGACGAUGCCAUCAAGAAGAACCUACUGGCCUGGGAGCGGGUGGAGCGCCUGCUGAGUGGUGAAGAUUCCCUGGAAGACGAGAAGGAACCAGAACUGCGUAAUGAGAUCACUGACUGGCAAAGGAAGUUUCCGAGUUUGCUAGGUCGAAAGACCCGCUACAUGCGACACCAUAGCUUUGACAGCCAGGCCCGUGAGGAGAUUGACUCGAUUUCCAAUCUCAGCCUAAACUCCCUAGACGACGAAGACGAUGACGAGGCGGAGGAUGGGUUUCUUACCCCUACCGCCGAGCGCCACCAUCAGCCUUUGACGAGAACAUAUCAGCGUUCGGGUCAGAAACUAGUGGAUCUCCUAGACAGGGAUCUGAGAGUAACCUCUAUUUCUGUCAAACUACUUAAGCGCCAGCGAUCCCAUCAGACUGAAAUGCCCAUCUCAGCCUCUCAUACCCAAUCCUCGGCUAACCGCUUGCGGAUGCCACCUAUCCUUAACGUGCUGGACACCAAUCGUCGCUUUCGGGGAUUACUGAAUAACCGUAGCUUCGUGCAACUAACCCAGGUCCAGCAGCAGCAGCACCAAGCCAAGUCGGCCGUUUUAAGUCACCAGGGCAGCCGAUCCUCUUGGCACAUGCCCAUGGCAGCCAAUCGUUUCUUCAACAACAAGAACGCCGUUGUUUUGCCAUCGUUAAAGCUGGGAAGGCACAGGGAGUUGGCCACCACUACCGCCACAUCUAGUCAGAGCAACUCUAGUGGUGGCGGCGGACACAACAGUCAUGGUAAUAGCAACAGUUCCUCCACCCGGUCGUCGCGUCAGUUGCCGCCUUUUGGACUGGGAAUGAGCUUGGGCAGCGUCUCUAGCAAUACGCCAUCCACGGGACGUUCCAUAUCGGCGGCAGUUCACCAUCCGCGAUCGGAAUUCGUCCCGAGUAGCGCCUUCUACAUACCAUAUAGUGCCUCAAAAUUUAAAGCCUUCAAGUAACCUCAAGCAAUAAAACUGAACCUAAAGGAG